CCAAAAAAUCUUCUCUUUAAAACUAGGUGGCUGCAGAUUUAAUUUCAGUGAAAAGAAUGGAAUAAUGAUUAGGAAAUCAGGAACUUGUAGAAAAUUUCAAGAAAUUUGGGCAGAUUAUAAGAUGUCCCCAGCUAAAUAAGAACGAAAUAUAUUAGAGCUAAACGAGAAAGUCAAGAACCACAUAAACAAAAUCGCACCUUAUCCAAAUAUAGAGAUUGGGAGCGAAAGAGAAUCAAAGAGAAGCUGCAUCUCAUCCCUUAGCUGACUAGUAAUUAUGGGGAAACAAACGAGAUGAGCCUUUCUUCUUUUCUUCUUCUUCUUCCUUCUCCUCCCACUUACAAACUUUAUUCCUUCCACAACAUUAAUAAUAAUAUUAAUGGCUGGCCUAUUUCCAUUCAUCAACCCCAUAGGUUUUCCUGCCGAGUCGUCAAGGACUCCAAUAGAACAGAGUUAUCUACGGAAGAUGCAGCAGCAAUGGAAAAUUCGGAUGGUGAUAAGCUGGUAGAUGGAAUGAAUUUUGGGGAACUUUGCAAUGAAUUUGAAUGCAUUAGCAGCCCCUCUGUUGAAGCUACUGCUAGGCAGCUUGUUCGAGAUAUUCUUGAACUUCGUGAAGGCAAUCGUGCCCUUGGUACCUUUGCUGUGGCUGUCAACUACAAGGUAGAUCCAGUGAGAAGUUUCAUGGGGCGAGAGAAGUACAGGAGACCAUUGUGGAUAACUGAUGCACUACAAAAUCCUAAAACGAGUGUGCAAGAAAUGGUGAUGUUGUCAACAAGUGUGCUGAAUAUUAAGUGGACAGUAAAAGGAAAACCAAAGUUUAUACUUGCUAGCAUCGGAGGGGAUCUGAUCAUCAAAGUGAGUUCAAGAUUCAGUUUGAAUCAAAUAAGUGGGCAAGUAGUUGAGCAUGAAGAGCAGUGGGAUUUAUCCGGAUCAUCUAUCAUUGCUCAAGCUUAUUUCUGGGCAUCGCGACGACUCUUUGCAACAGUUGAAGCGGGAAAAGAUGUUGCUGAUUUUGUGAAGGACUUGAGUUCUAAAUCUGCUAAAGAGAAUAAAAACAUGGAUGUCUAUCCCGACCCUUAUGGUGAUCCAGCAAAGUCAAAUACCAUCACAUAAAUUGGGACAAAUGAAAUUAAUAGUUACAUACGUAGGGAGCUAUAACUUGGAGAGUAUGUUUAUAUAUGAAGUAACUUUUCGCAAAAUUUGUUCUGACGAAUAUUGUGUGUUCAUACGAGGAUCCAGUUCUUUCAAAGGGAUGACAGUUUCCAGAGGGAUUUUUACCAAAUUGCAUUGCUGCUGGCAGUUAUAUAUUUUGUCGUACAGUUCUUGAAGACGACUUUAUGAGAUCCAAGAUGCUAUAAGCUUUUAGUAUAUUGUAAUUAUUAAUUGUUUAUUUUUGUAUCUUGAUACAUAUGCAUUCAUAGUUUUUUUUGGCAAUAUACUGUAUACUUUAUUACCA